UGAGUACCUACUACGGAAAUAUAGAUGGCAUUGGUAUUGUUGUGUUUAUUUUACAUUAUUUUCCUUUAGCUUUUUCCUCUAACUCUUAUACCAAAACAAAGCUAUUUUAUCUGUCAAGUACAAAUCAAAAUCUUGAAGCAUUCAUUUAAAUAUUAAAUAUAAAACAAUUAAUGUAUGAUACGCGCAUGCUUGUUUGCAUAGAAAGUUAAUGCGCAUAGUCAGGGCAUUGCGCAUUUCGUGGCUAACCUCAUCGACCAGCGACGAGCCACAGAACUGUCAGUUCAGCCUUUUCUUACCGACCUACGCUGUGCUUAUUUUGGUUCCUAGUGUGUGGCGUGUGCUAGUGUCUUCUGGCGUUAAAUUUUCCUAGGUGCUAAUAAAAACAACAAGGAUGCCUGCAGCAGUACCUCCUGCCGAAAAUGGCGGGCCUCGCAGCGAGCUCGAGCAGCUGCAAAUGCGAGCCGGUCAGGUUACCGAUGAGUCGUUGGAGUCCACAAGGCGUAUGAUGCAACUAUGUGAGGAGAGUCACGAGGUGGGCAUGAAAACCCUGGUCAUGCUGGAUGAACAGGGCGAACAAUUGGACAGAAUCGAGGAGGGCAUGGACCAGAUCAACGCGGACAUGCGGGAGGCCGAGAAGAAUCUGUCCGGGAUGGAGAAAUGUUGCGGGAUCUGCGUGCUGCCUUGCAACAAGGGAGCAUCGUUCAAAGAGGACGACGGCACCUGGAAGGGCAACGAUGACGGUAAGGUGGUCAACAAUCAGCCGCAGCGGGUGAUGGAUGAACGCAAUGGGAUCGGCCCGCAGGCUGGAUAUAUCGGGAGGAUAACGAACGACGCUCGUGAAGACGAAAUGGAGGAGAACAUGGGUCAAGUGAACACCAUGAUCGGGAAUCUGCGCAACAUGGCCUUGGACAUGGGUUCCGAGCUCGAGAACCAGAACCGACAGAUCGACCGCAUCAAUCGCAAGGGAGAGUCAAAUGAAACGAGGAUAACUCUGGCGAACCAGCGCGCUCACGAGCUCCUCAAGUAAACGACGGCGGCACUCAAACACACAACAGACAAACACACAGUCUCGUGGAUUGUUUAUAAAUACGCGUAAAUCAAACAACAAAAAAAUAAUAAUCCUAAAAGCGCCUAAUCUAUAGUCCGUAUUUGAAUUUGUUCACGAAUAAUAAUAGAGAAUUUUCAAAUGGUACGUAUAAAAUAUGAUGGUACAGUUUUGGCAUUAUUAGUUUCUAGUAAACAUUGGUUUGAAUUAAGAUGCUAUAUUUGAUUGCAUCUUGAUAACCAAAUAAAUGACAAGUAUAUUUUUAGUGGUUUGUAAAAAGCAUAUAGAUGUUCAAAAAGCCUCGUCCUUGCGCUAUUGUAUGUGAGUCGACUAUUAUCAAAGGCGGCAAUCUGACUUUUGGACAAUGAUUGGUAAAUCAGAAAAACGAAUUAUUGACUUUGUAUUCCAUUGGCAGUCACAAAACUCUUCGGAACGACAUCUUAGAUAAAUAACAGGUUAACUAUUAACCUUUAUUUAAUGCAGGUUUUGAACCGUAUUCUUUGAAGGAGACGAUUAUAUUCAAAUAAAUCUGUAUUGACAUAUCAAUAAAAAAAUUUUGUCCAAAUGUACAGAUUGCCGCCUUUGAUAAUAGACGACUCAUGUAAAGUAUUAUUAGAUGAACUAGCUGUUCUAUCUGUGCUAAACAAAUUCUUACUUACGAACGUAUGCUUGUUUAACUGCUUUAUAGAAUUUUUCAGCAAGAAAACAAAUCAGUUAGCUUCCUUACGAUUACGUAUUGAAGAAAAGAUGACGUCUGUGCUUCCUUUUAGUAAUUAUAUCUUAAUAACCAUAAUUAAAUGUUCGAAUGUAAAAGCGCUUUUAGACAAUUCAUAUGGCAUAUUGACGUAAAACGAAUGAGAAAAUAAAUUCAUACGAUAUUCUAUAAAGCAGUCAAUAGAAGAAUAUACUUUGAAAACGAAAUUUUAACAUUAUAUUAUAGAAAAAAGCACAUAUGUAACUCAGUGAAUAAUUUUAUUCCUUCGAUUAUUAAUCUAAAUAAAAUAUCUCGUAAUACAUUUUUUCUGUAUUUACCUUACCUUAAAAAUUGUAGCCUAAUUCUAUAAAGUUAUAUAAACUUAAAAUUCAUAAAAACUUUUGUCACCUUCUAUCUAUUAUAGUUAGUAAGGUAAUUAUUUGAACGCACUUAUUCUAUUUACCUACCUUUUUUUUUUUCACAAUAAUAAAGUUUCGCUCUAUGAAUUUUACAAAUUUUAAUGUUGAAUCUAUGAAGGUUAAAUAGGGUUGUCAUUUAUAUAAAAUUACGAAUAGUCAAAGGCCGAUAUCCAAGUCGCUUAAAGACCGAAAAAAAUAAUUAAACAUUCAUGAAAAGUAACUUUAAAUGUAAUCAAAUAUAUAAUAUAGAAACAACACAUAUAUAUAGCGUCAAUCAAUCAUAUGAUAUAAUCAAAGUUUACCAUAUUACAUUCUCAUAUCAAAAACUUGUUGAAAUCUCGAAUGGUACCGCAAGAACCGAGUGAAAGAAGUCAAAAAUCGUUUUUUCAAGGCUUCAAAAAUAAAUGUUUAAUAAAGUAAUAAGAAGAAAAAAAACAAUAAAUAAAAUCGAAACAAAAACACGUACGAAACGAAAGUGACAACCCUACACACGCGGCAUACUAUGUUUGAAAUGUCACACGUAAAUCGAUUACGCACCCAUAUUGUAUUAAAUUUAUGACAGCCGAUUGAACAGAUCUGGAAUCACGUAGUCUGAUAUGCUCAGAUACGACAAGGAGUUCGUGAUGGAUUAGACGAAUCUCUUGUUAGUCCGCAAUCGAACGUUAUCGGGCACUAAAAUACGGAUUAGGGAAUGCGAAAUACGUGAGAAAAACUGCAAACGAUAAACGACCGCGCUCACACGAUAACAGAUUGUAACUAUACAUACGUGAGACCUUAGAACUUAUAUCUCAAGGUGGGUGGCGCAUUUACGUUGUGGAUGUCUAUGGGCUCCAGUAACCACUUAACACCAGGUGGGCUGUGAGCUCGUCCACCCAUCUAAGCAUCAAAUAAAAAAAGUUGUUCUUUUGUUAUCUUCAAUUAUUAUGUGUGUUCGAUAUUUUAAAAAUUAAAAGACUUUAAUGUUUAAAAUUGAUUUAUAUUUAAUACGAAAGGCAAGAUACCGAAGGUAAUUGAGUGCGUAUAUAGAGACCUACGCUCGGCAUUGAGUGGACAUAGGUUUAAGAAGAGAAUGUUUAAAAUAAUAUGGUCCGUAUUGCGAGGCUGCACGGGUAGAUGUCUUCUUGCCUAUUUCUGUCGUGAAGCAGUCCUGUGUUUGAAAGGUGGAACCAUCUUUAAACAACCUAAUUGAGAUUACUAUUGUUACUACAAUUUUUUGUUCGAACGAGGUGCGUAUCCAUUCUACGUGAUACAAUUCGACAAACGUUUGAAACAUUGAUCUGUACAACAAACAAUUAUAAAUCAAUCAUUCCCUUAUGAAAUAAAAUAAUAAAGUUAUAAAUUAUAGUAUAUUAUAUAAAACUUAAUAGAUGAAAUUAUUAAAAUAAACAAUUAGCAAUAAGAUGUUAUGUCCUUUCAUGUUAAUAAACAUCAUAAUAUAAUUAUUAUAUUCAAUAUUAGAAUGUAGCUGUUGUUUGAAGACCUUUUUAAGCCGAAAUAACAUAAUCAGUGAAUAUUUAAAAACUUAAUAAUAGAGCUUAGAAAUUAAAAAAAAUUAUUGAAGAUUCCAGAUUACGAUAUUCAAUUCUUGUGCCAUCAAUAUAUUUUUUUUUCUCCUCUAUGUAUGCUUUCCAACAAUUCUGUAAAUAAAUAAAGAAGGCUUCGAAGCUCGCAAAGAAAUGUAGCAUUAGUUAGAGUAUGUGAAGUGAUAGGGACGGAUAUGUGAUAAUAGAAUUUGAUUAAGAACAUUUAAAAAAAAAAAGUAUUAACAUCAUAUAAGUUUACGGCUGAACCGUACAAUUUGAUCGGCUUUCGUCUAAAAAAAAAGAUAAAUAAAUCAUAGACGUUUCAAGCGUAGAAGUAUUUAUGUUUGUGCAACAAUGUACAGAUUAUAUUUAUAAUUUUUUAAAAACAGUACUUUGUUUUUUUUUUUUUUUUUGAAAACGAAUGAAUCCUAGGACAUCUGAACGUUCCGUUUUAAGUAUUAAAUAAACAAAAUUGAUGUUCGGUUAUUUAUAUUCGUUAAAACAAUGAAAUAAUAACAUAUCUUCGCAAGAGUAACAAAUGUAUCUGCUUCUACGUUACGCAUAUGUAAAGAUGAUUAUAUUAUAUAAAUGAGCACUAGUUUGUACUAGAUUACCUUUAAUUAGCAUUACUAAUAUAAUAAAUAAAUGAAACAUAAUUUAUUGUUCUUAGCUAUUUUUAUUUAUUUUGUGAAUAUUAAAUAAAAUAAAAAAACAUUCGAGUACAA